AAAAACUGCUUAGUCGGAGUAGACUUUGUGGGUAUUACUACCAAUUGUACUGAUCUCAGAAGUCUUUUAAAUCAAAAUGAAAGUAUAAAAAAAAAUGUAAUUGAUCGUAGUCCUUUUGGGAAACCCAUAAAUGUUUAUGAUCGAGAUCAUAUGUUAGAUGGCACACAAGACAUAAAUGAAUUUGAUUGUAGAAAAGGACUUUUUCAACGCUCCAAGUAA